AUAUUUUAUCAAUAAAUCCGCGGUCACAUUCAACAAGUAGCAUCACUAAAAUUUGAAAUUUCGUUAGUUUUAAUCAUGCAUUUAAUUUCAACCUCCAAGAGAACCAUACUUUCCGACUUUGCCGACUUAGAGACAAAGUCGACAUAUGUGCAUGAAAACGGAGAGCCCACAGAUUUUCAAUUCAAUGCCCAGCGACGGGUGUUCGUCGAGGUGGAUAAGAUGGCGGGCUUGGCUGUGAUGCGCAUACGAGAGAAAGAGGAAAAAGCCCCCGAGAUACAACGAGUCCGCAAAUUAACCAUCGAUAAUGCCUUUAGUGUUUGCUGUGCGAAGCAGACGUCGGAGGAGAUCGCUUUGGGCCAGACCAGCGGCUGUGUGAAGAUAUACAACUAUCGCUCCGCACAGCUAAUCCACAGAUUCCCAGCGGAUCAGAAGCGCAGCACUGUGCUCUAUGUGGAUUACAAUUGCACGGACGAGUAUAUCGCAGCGGUGAAGGAAGGCGGCUCGGUCAAUAUAUUCGGAACCAAGACGAAGCAAAAGAUCAAUACAUUCACCAUCGAUGAGCAGUCUACCUUGGCCCGCUUUCAUCCCAGCAAACGGUUCCAGCUGUCGAUUGCCUCAUACAAGGGCGCCGUUUCCGUCUACGAUUGUCAGAGUAAACGCAAGAUCUUCCACGUGAGCGAUGCUCAUAAUGCUCCCUGCCGGGACGUUAGCAUGUGCACGGCCCAGCCUUCGCUGCUGGUCAGCGUUGGGUACGAUUGCAAGAUAAAUAUCUUUGAUAUUCGCCGCAAUCGGGCACAGCCCGCGACCAGCCGACUGACUUACUCGCAUCCUUUGUCCACGGUGGCUCUGAGCGAGUGUGGUACAUACUUUUGUGCGGGAAAUCUCAAAGGUGAACUGAUCGCCUACGACAUAAGGAAUACCAAGUCGCCGCUCGCCGUGCGUAACGUGCACGAUGGCGCCGUCACUCGUGUGGCCUUUGUGCCCACGCCCACGGAGGAGCAGCAAAGCAUAAGUUUCUCCAGCGAUGGCAACGUGACCGCUGAAGGUCCCAAAGUGGAACGCCUGCCCAGCGACGAGCUGCGCAAGUCUAUUGCCGCCAAUUUGCUGAGUACUCAACAGCAGCUGAAUAGCAUGGCAAGCCUGGGCUAUGGAACGGGAAGUGUGACUGUUCGCCCACAGCGGGACUCAUUUUGUGACUUCAUUGAUGCCCAGGGACCUAGGUCCGUCGAGCGCAUGUCCACGCGUCUGAACACGCACCGCGACAGCUUCGAUUGGGAGACUUUGGGCCGCAGGACCAACGAGAAUUCGCAUCGACUAAGCCUAUGCCCAGCGGGUGGCUCUGGUCUCAGCUCUGUGGACAACUCGUGCAACAGUUCCAAUGCCGAGUCUUUGCAUCAAACAUUGAGCGGACCACUCAAGGAUCGCAGUAACAUUUCUGGGGACGCGAAACUGAUAAAAAUAGCCGAGACCAAUGAGCACAGCGAGCGGGAAGUGCCUUCGGCCAACUGCUCCGUGGCCAGCAGCUCCACGGGCAGCGACAAGGAGAACCCCCAAGUGGCGGACGCCGAACUAAAACGCCGCUUGCACAUGCUCUCGGCUAGCAGAAACAGUACCCCUCAUCAUGUGAACACCACGCCACAGUCGUCGAGCACUCUGCUGAAGCCCCAGCAGCUGUUGGCCAAGUCAUCCAGUGGUUUAUCCGCUCAGGUGGAAACGGAUGUGCGCAGGGAGAUCGGAGAGUUGCGCGAACUUAUGGAAGAACGCUUCGAGAAUCUGGAGAAGGAGAUUAAGUAUGCCGGCGAGAAAAAUAAGUGGCAAGUAAUCGGCCAGAUGUCCAACUACUGGAAUCGUCAGCUGGUAAACGCGCAAGAGAUUCGCGAUGGCCUGGCCGUGCUCCUGCAGGGCGAUCGUUUCAUGUACGAGUUCUCGCGACUGCAAAACGAGAACGAGAUGCUCAAGGCACAAGUGAAGCACCUGCUGAGAGAAAGAGAGGAUAAUGAAGGCUCCACUGGAGAGUGAUCUUUUAGUGUAUUUUAUCUUGCAUU